UCUAACAGAUAUAAACAGCACAAAACAGAUUUCAAAGAAAUUCCAACAGAGCGUCCAAUCUUGCUCCCCUGCAGAGUAACACGUUGCCGGUGUAUCUCCUACAAUUAUGUGCCACUGAAUGGAACUCAGCCAAUUCGUUGCCGGUGCAAACAUUUUGCAGAUGAUCAUGAUGAAAUGGUACCAUAUAAAUGCCAAAAAUGUGCAGGAUGUUCUGGGUUUCACAGUUCCUUUACCUGUGGCUGUACCCACCCAACAUAUGCUCAUACAAUGAUCGUCGAGACAAAAGGAGAACGUUUGGCGAGAGGAAGAUCAGUAGGACCAGAUGUUCCCUAUGCCUCCAUGGGAGGACUCACUGGAUUUAAUGCAUUAGCAGAAGGAUAUAUGCGACUAGACUCAAGUGGAAUCGGGGCACCAAGCAAUGAAAUUCUUGAUGCACCUUCUACUUCAAUGGAUCAUCCUUUUCUGAGAGCUUAUGGACCACAAAUGGAUGCAAUAAAUGCUGGACGCUCUCCAGAUGAUGUUUAUGGUUUAAGUCGAUUCGCUCAUCUUCCCACAGCUGAGGAACGAGACAUGGCUUACUUUGAAAGCCAGUAUCAAGAACGGCUCAAGAUGGAAAAGGCUGCCGCUAAGGGACAGAAAAAACCUGCACCUAAAGGUGAAACUUCACAAAUUCCAAAACCAUCAAGGCGACCAAAGCACUGAAAGUCAAAGAACAUACAUGCAUUUAAAUGUCUUUCCAUUUAUCAAUUACAUAAGAUACAUUAUUGAUGUCACGACACCAUUCUACUUGCACUCCAUUUUUCAAACCUUCAUUGUCAUCAGUUUAUGAUCUGAACAUCAUGAACAUAUGUACCUUUGACAUUGUC